AUGAGUCUCCUUUCUAAAUUUUCUUUGCAGGAGUACAUGAAGGCAUGUGGCGUCGUAAACAUGAACUGCGGCAGAAUCGUGAAUACCGACAGAAACUUAUACAAGACUAUCUUUACUAAGCUUGCUUUGGAAAAGCAGUACCCAGAUACUUCUAAGCUACAGGUUGUUGAAUUAUAUCCAGCUGUUGGUAUGUCUAGUUUAGCGUUCCAUGAAGUUUAUAAACCAAAAUUACAGGUGCUUAUGGAACCCAAACUCUCUUUCGGUAAACUAAUAAAAAGUCAUCUAGAACUCAUCAGUUCGAUUAAACUCUAUCCUAAGCAUCCAUAUUUAUGGGAAUCUUUUAUUAGUCUAAUAGAGGAUAAGACUAUUGUUGUGGAGAAACAAUCAAGAGAUCAUAUACAUGACAGUUUUUUAAUUAUGGGCAAUUUGACAGAUAAGUCAGGUGAGCAAUUAUAUAUGCAGUACCUACAGUGUGUUGGCAAUAGAAAUUGGCUGCAACGUUUCGGUCUAGUUAGAAUGCUGUUUUGGGUCCGGCAUAAAACUGCAAUUAAGAUCUUGGCUCCCCUCCAUAGUGGUAAAAGAUCGAGAUGCUCUCUUAUGACGGAGGCAUUCACAAAUACUAAACUGGUUGCUACUACUGAUCAGAACAUAAAAGAAUAUGACGAAAGGGUCCUGAAAGAACACGACCCUGUUAUCUUUUCAGAUCAAAAAGAUGACUAUGCGUUAGUGGAGAUUUGCCCUAAGGAGCACAAUAUAGACCUCGAUAAUUGGGAUUACUGCAUACAGCGGCUAAUGAUUAUGAGGAGUACCCCAUUGAGAGACACAUUGGAGAUCCUGGGACACGGAGCAAGCGAAUACUUGAGGCCAAGGCUCAAGGAUACGCUACUAAGUCUGCGUCCUAUGGAUUUGACUGUGGAAGAUUUUUCCACAAUCGCAAGGGAGUUUGCAAACUGGCCAUUUAAACCAACAUCGUUGAUAGAUUUUUACGAGCCAACUGAAGAUCAUUAG